AUGGCACGGUCAGCGCCGCUUCUGCUGGCCGUUGUGGCCCUGAUGGUUGGCUCCAUCUCGGCUCAGGUCUCAAACCCAAGCUUCGAAAGCCCAGACGUUGUACAAGGCGAUGGCACCACCCCUGCUGCUGACUGGACUGGUGGCGUCACCAUUCAGCCCGGCGUGGGCACGUUCCAGAACCAGCACCAAUCCCAGGUGCUUCGUCUCGAGUCCGGCACCUCCAGCUUCCAAGACAUCGCCCUGGUUUACGAGACAGACACCGUGUACAUGCUGACCGUCUCUGUGGCUCGUGCGGGCGCCUUCCCUGGCGCCACGUUGUCGCUGCAAACCUCCAAUGGCGACACUGUGUCCUCCGAGUCCAUCAUCGAGGCGCAGCUGAACAACGCAGAGUUCAUCGACUUCAGCACCCAGGCGAUGCUGGACGCUACGCAAGUCGACCUCAUUGGCCAAGUUGCCCGCGUCCGUUUCGGUGCGUUGACUGUCAAUGGAAGUGGGAGGCAGGAAACGUUAAGCCUUGAGCGUCUCGUGCAUGUACAAGGCCCGCAGCGCAUCCUCACUUGCCUGAACUUUCACCUUUUAACCCUACUCUACCUUCGAGCCAUCUACAGCUGA